AACAAUAUCGCAUUUAUCAAUCAAUACUACUAGCGCCAUCUCGUGGUGUUCGCCUGCAUUACCAAGCCUCCGCGGAUCACCGUGCUUAUUGCAAGAUGUAUCCAGUUUAGGAAGUGUUUACGCCGCUCGCCGCUAGAUGACACUAGCACAUUGAGAGUCGAUUUCUACACCGCGGUGUCCAGAUUUUUUUUCCCUUAAAGACCUUCCGACGAUUAUGUUGAAUAUAGUAAGAAGUAAGAAGAAAGUAAGCAAGUAAAGUAAUAACCUGAGGUUGCAUCCGACUGUGACGUUCUUUAGGGGAAUCGCAGAUUGGGACUUCCGAAGGCGCAUUACGAAUAUUUGCCCCGCGACUCCGCGUCUGUCUCCAACGUCCUGAUUGGAAUUGGUUGACGGACGGAGCACGCACGCGCACUAUUUUUGUAUAAUACGCUGGUACUGCGAAGUAAAAGUACACUUUUUGCUACACCCUGGCCUUCUUAUUUGGACCCUGCACCUCAAGCUUGUCAGCCGAGACUUCACACCUUUUAUACUGGCGUCCCAACGGUGGGCCUGACAAGCACUAGUCCUACCUGCAUCUGCACACUGGCGAUUCAACGGUCACUCUGAGAAGCACAAGUCAUCAUACCUGUAUCUUCACACUGGCGACCAGCGGUAGACCUGAUAGGCAGCAGUCCAAGAUGGUGGUGACCUUAGCAUAUGAACAGUUCCAGCUGCUACUCGCGGAAAUUUCACCGGGUCGGCAAGGAAAUUUCACUCAUUGCAAUUCCCACUUUCACGGUGAGAGAAACACUGAAGUGGUCGAAGAAUUUUUAGCUGCAGUGAACCUAUACAAGUGCAUUGAAAACAUCCCAGACCAGGAAGCUCUUGAUGGCGUCCCACUUCUAUUGAAAGGUGCGGCAGCCGUCUGGUGGCAAAUAGUCAAGUUGCAAGUGACAACCUGGAAGCAGUUCGGGAUAGCAUUGCGUCAUGCAUUCGUACCUACGAUACCAACCUGCCUUAACUACCAGCAAGUGGUGGUUCAUGAGCAGGGGGAGGGGAAGGAAACCCCUGUUGUUAUGGAAACAAUUGACAAACAGUGUCAUUGUCGUCCGGAAUACCAAAAUGAAGAUUUGGUGCUAACAGAUAUACAUUCAGUAGUCAAGGAAUCGAGAGGAAUCACAGGCAAAUUCUCUCCAAGCUGCAAUUACCCUCGUAAGACUAACAGACAACCUGGACCUACGUUCUGUAUGACAUCUUCACAUAAAGUCCUGGGCAAACAUCAAGGAUGGAACAAACGAAACAUCAGAAGAUGGUCUAAGAAGACGAAAGAUGAACCAGUUGUUCACCGACGAGGCCGUGGACGUCACAAGAACGUAAUCCAGAUCUUCUCGUCGGGACGACUUCGUGAUCUGAGGGGGAGGUUGUAACAACGUCACAUUUAUCAA